AUGAUUACACAACGACGGUAUUUUCUUACUGCCGAUGGUUUGAAAAAACAAGUCUCCAAGGGAACUUUGACUAUCUCUGGGAGCAAUGAUAUUUUGACUUUGCCUUUGGGAACCCCUAAGCAUGGUGGGAGAGCCAGGGGUGUUGAAGCUGGGGAAAGUGUUAUGGAAGUAGUCAGAGAAGAUACCUUGAGGAUUGAGGCUAGGGCAAAGGAAACUAUUUGA